UAAUCAUCAACCGCCUUCAUUUUUCCUUCGAUUCUAGACGGAAAACUAUAUAUAUAUAUAUAUGCAUCAACCCUAUUUCUCACCGCAAAAUUCCCCACUCGCACUAGUCACGCGUUACAAACAAUGCAAUGGCCACACCCAAAGCCAGGGGUCCCACUUGUCCACCGCGACGUGGUUAAAAUGCGCGUGCAGAAUCAAAUUCGACGCGCUUUUGGGAGAAAUUUUGCCCUAGUCGCCUGCUACCCCUCUCUCUCUAUAUCGACCAUGAAUCGCCUGCAACUCCGAUCAUCUAUUUCGAUUGAAAUUCGAUCCUUUCUCUUUCUCCGCCUUUGAUUAUUCUCCAACUCGGUUUGAAAAAUGGAACCUGUGGAUAUAGUUGGGAAGGCGAAAGAGGAUGCUUCACUUCCAAAAGCAACUAUGACUAAGAUCAUUAAGGAGAUGUUGCCUCCCGAUGUUCGUGUUGCAAGAGAUUGUCAGGAUCUUUUGAUUGAAUGUUGUGUAGAGUUCAUUAAUCUUAUUUCAUCAGAGUCUAACGAAGUUUGUAGUAGAGAAGACAAAAGAACAAUUGCACCAGAGCAUGUACUCAAGGCGUUAGAGGUUCUUGGUUUUGGGGAAUACAUUGAAGAAGUUUAUGCUGCAUAUGAACAACACAAGCUUGAGACUAUGGAUUCCGUAAGAGGUGGGAAGUUGAGCAACGUAGCUGAGAUGACCGAAGAAGAAGCAUUAGCUGAGCAGCAGAGGAUGUUUGCCGAGGCUCGUGCAAGAAUGAAUGGUAUUGCGUCUAGUGCCUCUGUGCAUCAACAACCAAACCCUGAGCAGAGCCAAGUUUGAAUAGUUAAGUUAGGAUUGUUCUUUUGUUGAACUGUAGGCAAGCAUCCUCAUUCUUGAAUAUGUGCUUUUCUCUAUUUUGUUGUGUACAAAAGGCUUUGGUUAGUGCAGUGGCAUCUGGUCACUCCUGUUUAAUUUGUAUUUGUCUAUAUAUUGCUGUAAUUAGUGAUAGUUUGUUGAAUAUCUCCUUCAUUUGAGAGCUGUGAUGGCUACUUCUCUUGUCAUCUAUCUUCACAUGAGCUAUGAUAAGUGUUUAUCUGCG